UGGCAGGUGUGGCAAUGGGCUGGGCCAUGAGUUCCUGAACGAUGGCCCCAAGCGUGGACAGUCCCGCUUCUGAAUAUUCAGCAGCUCACUGAAGUUCAUCCCUAAAGGUGGAGCCCCUAGGACACGACCUUUGGAGCCAAGUGUUGCAUUUGGGAGCAGACAGCUCCUAGUGCUCUGCCGACACCAGCCAACAGCAGCCAGCAGGCCCAGGCACAGCACGGCAGGGCAGGGCACCUUGGGCAGCGGACCAGUGGGAGAAAGAAGAAAUCUGUCUGGGACUCUGCUGAUCCCCAGCCUGGAGGCAGGGACCGGCUCAGAGGGGAGCUCAAUAAACGUGGGACAGACAAGUGAAUUGACAAUGACUGGGACUUUCGCUCAUCCAAGGCUUUCCUUUCUUCUGAGUGACAAUUGCCAGGGAAAGCCGUGACCCUGGGGGAGUGCUGCUCAGGGCAGGUCCUGUGGGUAGGUCCCAGGACCCCCUAACCUCAUGCGGGCACGUGGGCAGGGCCGGCAAGUGGAAGUGGCAGCCCGGAGAAGUCAGCGGUCACCGCCAAGUCAUCCACCGUGCCCCCACCCCCGUACAAGGCCCUGGUAGGGGGCCUAGCGCUGUGACCCCCUUCUGAGUCAACCGGUCCUCAAGGCCCCCUCCUCUGGGAGUGGGCCUAGGGACCGUGUGCAGGACGGACCAGCAGGGGCCGCUCAGGCCCCAGGAGCGCUGGGGCCUGAGCGGUGCUGCAGUUCCCCGUGGUGCCGCCGGGGGCGCUGCGGCGACAGCUCUGACGGUCUGGGCGGGUUCCUGCGCCCAGCUCCCUCCACGCCGCGCCCCUUCCUGUGACCCCCACUCAGGCCGGGUCCUCGCGCCCUAACCGCACCUCGCGCCCCAGUGGCCUCGCACCCCAGCCCGGCUCCGCGUCCCCUACUCCGCCGUCCUGCGCCCUGGCCCCAGCCCGACCCGGUGCCCCUCGCGACGCCCGCGACCCGCACUGUCCCAGCCCAGCCCCGCGCCCCGGCAGCGCUUCCCUGCGGCACCCAGUGGUCGGCGCUGGCAUCACCUGGCCCCCCAGGUCGCGCCCGCCCAACAUGCCAGUGCCCGGCACACAGGCCGAGGCCUCUUGGCGUACGAGGGUGCGGCGGCCGGUGAUGGUGGGGCCGCAUCUGGUGGGCUUCAAGACGGUGACUAGUGCGGGGCGAGCAGUCGAGGCCCAGGGUGCCCCCUCCGGAGUCAGCAGGAGCGGGACAGAGCUGGGGGCUGGGGGAAGGUGGAGACAGGACGCUCCCAGCCCCAGCCAAGCCUCAGCCCCUUCUCCAGGGCAGCUGGGUGGGACCCGCCUGCUCUGAUGCCCCCAACCUCCUCUGGCUGUGGCCCUUCCACGCCUUCAUUGUACCUGCUGCCACCCUGGCCUACCCCGGGGGCAGCACGUCCUGGAGUUCCACUUCCCAUGCAUCUUUGCCCAUUUCUCUCCCCCACAAUAGUGACAGCUCUCAGCUGUCCCAACCGGUGUGGUCUUUGCAAAAUAAUCAUCAGACCAGGUAACUUCCCUCAGGGGUUCCCCCUGGCUCUGCUUGCUGAGGCUCCACAGAACCCCCCCCCCCACUGUCUUGAUUUCCCACUCCACAAAUGAUAGCAGUGUUUUGUUUUGUUUUAAUCAUAACUGUGUUGUUUUUAUUACCCACAGCCCCCGCACCCAAACCCCUGCACCUGGGCCUCUAGGCCAGCCAGAGUCCAUUCUAGAAUGGGGUAAUCUUGUUCCCUACCCCAAACACGAAGCCCUGAAGGGGUGCUGCCCGAGGUAGAAUCAGGUGAAUGUGAAUCAAACUGCACUGCCUUCUGCUGGCUCCCUCUGCAGGGGCUGCACAGUCUCAGGAUGAGCAAACCACACAUCUGCAUGAGUGAAUCUGUGCCCUGGUGGAUGCAGGAACCCCAGGACCACCUGUCACUCUCCCCUGGCCCUGGGCACUAGGGCUCUGCUUAAGGAGCUUAGGGGCAAGAAGCCCAGGGAAGACAGUUGGUGGGCCUCCCAAGCAGACAGGAGGGGAGGCUGCUGGGGAGGGGACUGAGGGUUACCUGUCUAUAAGCUCCUUCCACCCCAGGCCCUCAGCACCCCCUGCACCUGUCUCUAGGCGUGAUUUGUUCCUUGUAAAACCGUGGAGAUUAUCCAUGGUUCAGCCCCUGGUUUCAUGUCUUAUCAUGUUUCAUCUCCAACUAGGACGUUUACAAGCUCCUCUUGGCUGCAGAGGGCUUGGUGGCUGCACUGCCGGAGGCUGGAGCAGAGACGAGGCGGGCCCUGUGGGCUCUGCCCCACCUCACCCCGAGAUGCAGUCUGCCUGUGGCCCUGGGCUCCCCUCCCAUCUCCGACUGCAGUGGCUUUUUGGUCCCGUAGUCUCAAGAGUGUGAGGUUUUUUGUACCCCAUCUCUGAGACCGGAGCCCCUGGGGUGUGUCUGGAAGUUGGGGGAGGACAGGGAAGCUAGAGUCAGAGGAAGGACAGCGCUGACCGGUAUAGGGGACAAGGAUGGAGUCAUUGUUCUCUGAGAAGGGGGUGGGAGUCAAUUUUGAAGGUCCUGUUGUCAGAGCAGGAAGCCUGCCGCUUAGGGAGGGGUCUGGCGGGGAGCAGGGCAGAGUGCCAGGCACCUGCCCCAAGAUGCUCGGCCCUGGGCUCUGGGUUCUGGGUCUUCCUGAGCCCCAGCUGAACAAGACUGGCUGCAUACCUGUCUGUAUGUCUGUCUUGCCAACUGUGGGCAUGGGGUGUUUCUCCUGGAAUUGCGGGGGGAUGGAGUGUGGCCCUCCGUGGGGUUACUGUUCACUGGCUGUGCUGGCUGUGCACCUGUGAGUAGGUCACUUGUGUCAGGGAGGUUCAAAUUUGGGGCUCUCCACACUGGGUGGGGGACAGUGGCUGGGGCCAGGCAGCAGGUCUCUGAACCCCACUCCUGCCUGUGUGUGUGUGUGUGUGUGUGUGUAUACGCCUAUGGUCGUGUGCCCUCUGCAGAGCGUGGGGUUCUUGAGCCUGCGCCGGGUCCCUUGCUUCUGACAGAAUGUGCUCACAGUCAGCUUCCAGUCCAUGGGGACCCUCACCAGGGCACAGGCGGACAGACCUGGCCACAGAGCCCCAGUGUCUUAAUGUGGGGCCUCUUAGAUUAUUCCCAGCCUUCCCCAUGAUGCCAAGAGGCUCACACGCCCAGAGGCCUGGCGUGGGGCUGUGAAGCUGGAGGAGGUGGGGAUGGGGUGGGGACAGAGGGAGUCCUGUUUCUGUCUGACCCUCCUUUCUUCCCCCUUUAGACUCACCUUGGGUAUAAAGGCUGUUACCAGCCCUCCUCUUUGCAGGGCUGGGACUGCCAGCCAAGAAGGAUUGUUGUAAAUUGAGCUGGGCCAGGCUGGUGGGUGGGAAGCAAUUUGCAGGCCCAGUUAUGCAUCCUGAGAACCCGGAGCCCUGCCCUCUCCUGGAGAAGCAGGGGCCUGUGGCAAACGGCCCUCUGUCUGUGCUGAGCCCUCCAGGAAGACCCAAGGGAAAGGAGUGAGGGUGGCUGGAAGCAAGCUGGGGGCCAUCCCUGUGCAGGAGAGGGGUCUGGCUCCUUCUGGCAAACCCUGGAGCCCUAGGCAGGCUCCAUGCAUGUGUGUGACCACUCAGGAUGGCUGGGGAAGCCCUCGCUCCUCCCCACUCCUUGCCAAGGGGCCCUUCAUAUGUCCUUCCUGAUGCUGGAAAUAUUGUCUGCCCUGGCAAACCCUUGUGUCCCAUGGUGUCCCCACAUCUAGCUGGUCACCAGGAACAAGACCCUGGGUUCCAGCAAGCCAGGCUGGCUGGACACCUUGAGACUAGGGAGGCCUUUCCUCUCCAGCCUGGACCCCCAGGAGGAUGAAUUAUGAAGUACUUAGGUCUUUCAGGGUGGGAGCAGCUUCAGGGCACCCCUUCUUGUGCCAGGGUCACUGUCACAUGUCCACUACCUCCUAAUCAUAAAGAGCUUAGAAGCCAGGCACCCAAAGAGGUGGGGGCUGGUGUCAUCUUUGUUUUAUAAAGUAGGAAAAUGAAGCUCAGAGAGGCUGGAUACCUGCCGAGGUCACCUGCUAGGAGGGGUAGAGCUGGGAUUGAAUCAGCCUUCAUCGCCUAAAAAGUUCUUGCUGUCAGCUCUGUACUGUGCUGCACGACCCCCGCCCCCACCCCACUCCCCAUGGCCUCCUGGCCCCCUUGUUCCCUACCAGGCUGAACUGGGCUCCGGGGGUAGGUGGGUAGACGUCUCUUAGGGGUCCCUCCCCAGGAGGAAAUUGCAUCCUCAAUGUGCUCGGGCAAAUCUGGCAUCUCAAGUGGAUAAAUCCCACACAAAUCAAGGACAGCUGGGCCCGCCCUCGGUCGCAGCCCCCUCCCCUCGGCUCCCCUUGCAGGCUGAGGAAUCCCAGCAGGCUGUGGGGGUGGGUCUGGGGGGUAAGGGUGUGGUUCUAGGGGAGGAAGUUUCUGGAAGGCCCGAAUGUGUGAAAUCUCCCCCAGCUGUCCCCCACAGAGGGAGGGACUGCACGGUGUUAUUAAUCAUUUUCCAGAGUGGGGCAGCUGCUUGCACACCCUGCGAUGCUGUGGGGGCCUAGGCUGGGGGUGCCCACUCUGCGGAGGGGACAGGCUAGGAAGGAGGCGGAGAGGGGCGUGGGAGAGGGGUCCACACCUAGACUCUCUCAGACAUACACACAGAGUCAGUUACUCGGUCACUCAACAAACAUUCAUAAGCACUCACCAUGCUUAGGCAUGGAGCCACAGCAGGGCUCAAGACUGACCCCAUCCCUGCCCUUGCAGAGCUCAUGGGUAGGUGGAGGAGAUAGACGGGGAUCAAAAUCACCCACAGGGAAAUAAUUAGAGUCUGUGAAGGAGACACAAACAUAGCUGGGUAGCUGGGUCAUGGAUUUGUGAGGCCAGGCUGGGCCUUCCUCCCACCAUGACCCUGCUCCUCAGGACUCCCUUCCUAGACCUGCCUUUUCUGAUCCCCUCUGCUCUGGCCCCCCUUGUCAUCUCCCCCAGGGAUGAUGUGUAUGUGAACCAGCAGCCUGUGCAGCUCAGCCCAUCUCCUCUCCCACAUUCUCCCUGUUCCUGCCUGGCUGCCACAUCAAACCCGACUUAUUUGCUCGUCUGAUGGCUGGCCUAAGGAGGGACCUCUGCCUGGCCAUCCUGCCUGGGGGUCCAGACAAGGUGAAAGGGGAAUUGAAAUUGGGCCAUGUGGAGCCCUCAAAGCCGAGGGGCCCCAGGGGAGAUCAGGCUGGGCAGAAGCGCCUGGCUGCCACCUGUUUUCUCUUGACAGGAGGCGCGACCAGACAGGGCAGGAGUUGAGCCACCCUCUCAGGGCACAGGGACAGCCACCCACCCUGUGCCCCCAUGGCCUGGUCUCUUUUGGGGCCCCAAAGUGACUUUUCACCUUGUGGCUCAGAGAGGGGGAUUCACUGUCCCUAGAUCACACAGCGGGGAGCUCGGGCUGGACUCUGAUGGCAAAGCAGGGCAGAGGCAGAGUGGAGGAGCCACUCAGACAUCCUGGGGAGGAGGGAAGGCAGCAGCUCUGGGGGUGAGGAGCAUGGAGAUGUAGACUGUGAAAUUCCCAGAUUUAACCUUCAAAAGGACUCUUCAUAAAAGGCUAAAUGUAGUUACUGUCUACCCAGCAAUUCCACUCCUAGGUAUAUACCCAAGGGAAAUGAAACAUAUGUCCACAAAAGAACUUGUAAAUCAACAUUCACAGCAGCAUGAUUCUCAAUAACCAAAAGGUGGAUAAAACUGAAGUGUCCACUGACUGAUGAAUAGAUAAACAGAAUGUGAUCCAUCCAUACAGUGGAAUACUAUUCAGCCCUAAAAAGGAAUGAAGCAUUGACACACACACACUACAACAUAAAUGAUCCUUGAAUACACUACGCUGAGUGAAAGAAGCCAGUUGCUAAAGGCCACAUAAUGUAUGAUUCCACUUAUAUGAAAUGUGGAGAAGAGACAAAUUCACAGAGACAGAAAGUAGAUUAGUGGUUGCCAGGGGCUGGGUGGGGAAGAACAGGGAGUGACUUCUAACGGGUAUGGGAUUUCUCUUUGGGGUGAUGAAUAUGUUCUGAAAUUUAUUGUGAUGGUUGUACAACACUGUGGAUAUACUGAAAACCAUUGAAUUUGAGAAACGAAAUGGCCGAAUUGCAUGUUAUGGGAAUUGCAUUUCAAUGACGCUCUUCCUUCAGAGUCAGGUUUCUAUUUUAGGGACCAGAGGUUUAGGCUGGUAGGAGCCUGAGGCUAUGUGCUAGAGAAAGAUGAGGCUGGGACCCACUCCCCAGGGAUGAGCCUUGGCUCUACCCCAUUCCUCCUCCUCGCCACCCCCAUCCCAUCACUAUGCUCUCUGCUGCUGGGCCUUUCCCCAGCCGACUGGGAUGCUGUCCUGCUCCUUGCCUGACAAUCACCUACUCUAGAAAGCCUUCUUCAGCCUCUCUCCACUCCCAUCCUUCCACUGGCUCGUCUCUAUUCAGUGCCUAUCAGGUACCAGGCUCUGUGAGGUACACUGGUGAACAAACUUCCCAAGGCUGCCAUCCUGGAUGUCCUCAGAUUUGCACCCACCCCUCACCUGAGAACCAGAUGGUGGGUGGAGAGAGGGGAUCAGAUGCCAAACACCAAGCUGACGCUUGUCCCUGGACCUCACCCCCCCACCCCCAGCAUGUUUGGUGUCCUGCUGUUCUUGGUAAGUUCUUCCUGGAAAGUCCUCAAGGUGUAUGUGUGUGUGUGAGUGUGUGUGUGUGUGUGUGUGUGUGUGUGUGUGUGGUAGGGGGCGGGACUAAGGAAAAGGCAUUCCCAGCAGGGAGAACAGCAUGAGCAAAGGCUAGGGGGUGCCUAGCCUGUGCCUGUGCUGGGCAGGGAGAUAGAGGGGCCAUCAGGUUUUAAAGCUGGAAUUUGGAGCCCUGAGUGGUGGCUGCUGAGGCUCUGGGUGGGUGCUGCAGGUGGAGUGGGUGGCUCUAAGGAGAACCAGACUGUCUGGAACAAAUCCCGUUUUAAGCUAGACCAGAAGAAGAACUUCCUGUGACCUUGCAUGUGCCGGCAUGUACCCCAGACAGCGCUGUGCCAACACCCCACAGACAGGGCUCCUGGCUGAGUCAUGCCCUGACAAGCAGAUGCAGGCAUGGCAUCUGGGAACUGGGCUGAGGGCCUGGUCAGUGGUCUUCACCCCACUGGCUCUGCAGAGCCCUCUUCUGGCCAAGGCUACCUCUGGGUGGGUCAUGGAGGCCCCUGCCCUGGGGAAGUGCUCCAGGUUGCCCUUAGAUCCAGAUACCAUUAGGCUCAGGAACAGCCCAUUAACCAGCAGAAGCCAGGGCAGUAGUCUCUGGGCAUUGGCUGGAGGAAGGCUGGCCUCUUCGGGGAGCCCAUGCCCACCUGCACCAACCCUGAGGCCAGGAAGUCUGGGGUAGAGGCAAAGGCAGGACAUGGGUUCCAUUCUGUCUCUACCUGGGGCUGUGCUCACCUUCUCCCAGCCAGCUCUCCUCUGCCUUCUUUGUGCUGGGCUGGGGGUUCAGUGAGCCUGGGGGUGCGUAAAACUCCCGCAGAGUGUCCAGCGCCCAGCAGGUCUCAUUACUGGGAGUGGCCCCUGAGUCUCCCUGCCCCUCAGAGGAAGCUCCUAGGACAGGACCCCGGCUCCUCCUUCUAGUUUCCCCAGCACAGGUCUCCCGAAUCCUUCACAUCUCCAAUAGGAGCCGCUUUGCCAGUGCCAGAGAUGGGUCACUGACAUCCCAGGACAACACCAGGUGGACUAGGCUGCACAGACAGACCGUGUGACAUGGUAAAAAGGGUCAGAAGACUGAGGUCUGAAUUUCACUGGGCCCUUGGGAAAGACGCCUGUCCUCCCUGAGCCUGUCUCCCAGACUUUAAAAUGGUAAUCAACUUGGCUAGUCCUCUCCAACCGCCCUGCCCGUGACCCUGACGCAUGGCAAUGGCAAGCCAACGAUCAGCAAGAUGCGCCCCAUUCCCGCCGCAGACUUUCCUCCACCUUCCCGGAACCCCUCUGCUCACUAGGGCCAGGUGCACGCGACUUCUUGGCCCGCUUGUUCCUCCCGCGCACCUGCCGCGUUGCCCUCGUCCGGGAGGGGCAGCGAUCGGCCCUCUAAGAGCGGGUCCUUUGGCCAGCAGCUCAGUCCUGUCACCGUCCUGCGUCCCAAUCUGCCGCCGCCGCAUCCCGAGCGGGCUGGGGCCUGGGGUCUCCGAGCGGGCGCGUCCGGCUAGUCACUGAGGCUCGGAGUCGCGCCGCGGCGCCCGUAGGUGCCGGCGAGUCCCGGGUGGAGCAGUGGUUCAAGCGGGGCGGGGCCUCUGGGCUGGGCGGGGCAUCCCGCCCUAGCACUGGUCCCUCCCGGCUCCCAGAAGACUGGGCAGUGGGGCGCAGAGCAGAAGCCGGGCGCAAGCGGACUGAGCGCGGCGCGGGCGGGGAUGUGCGCCCUCCUGCAGCCCCCGCUCCCAGGCCUGGGAGCGGUGUGGCCCCAUGGCAGGUAGCGGCGGCCUGGGCGGCGGGGCAGGAGGCAGCCAGGGAGCCGGGGGCGGGCCUGGGGCCACGCUUCGGGCGCCCCGUGCGCCUCUGCUGUUCGCCGCUCUGGUGCUCGGAGCCUACUGCCUUUGCGCCCUCCCCGGACGCUGCCCGCCGGCCGGCCGCAUCCCCGCGCCAGCCCCCGCGCCCGCCGAGCCGCCCCGCGCAGCCCGCAGCCCCGGAACGUCCGGCCUGCCGGUGGCCAGUGGCUCGGGCCGCCGGCGCUUUCCGCAGGCGCUUAUCGUGGGCGUGAAGAAGGGCGGCACGCGCGCCCUGCUGGAGUUUCUGCGGCUGCACCCCGACGUCCGCGCGCUCGGCUCGGAGCCCCACUUCUUCGACAGGUGCUACGAGCGCGGCCUCGCCUGGUACCGGAGCCUGAUGCCCCGCACCCUGGAUGGGCAGAUCACCAUGGAGAAGACCCCCAGCUAUUUCGUGACCCGGGAGGCCCCACGCCGCAUCCACGGCAUGUCCCCGGCCACGAAGCUGAUCGUGGUCGUGCGGAACCCCGUGACCCGGGCCAUCUCUGACUAUGCGCAGAUGCUCUCCAAGACACCGGGCCUGCCCAGCUUUGGCACCCUGGCCUUCCGCCGAGGCCUGGGCCCUGUGGACACGGCCUGGAGUGCCGUGCGCAUCGGCCUGUACGCCCAGCACCUGGACAACUGGCUGCGUUACUUCCCGCUGUCCCGCUUCCUCUUUGUUAGCGGCGAGCGCCUGGUCAGCGACCCAGCUAGGGAGCUGGGCCACGUGCAGGACUUCUUGGGUCUCAAGCGGGUGGUCACAGACAAGCACUUCUACUUCAACGCCACCAAGGGCUUCCCCUGCCUCAAGAAGGCCCAGGGCAGCGGCCGUCCCCGCUGCCUGGGCAAGUCCAAGGGCCGGCCCCACCCACGUGUGCCUGAGGCCAUGGUCCAGCGCCUGCGGGCCUUCUACCGGCCCUUUAACCGCAAGUUCUACCAAAUGACCGGCCAGGACUUCGGCUGGGACUAAUGGGGCUGGGGAACCCACGCCCUGCCUGGGGACUCUCAGUGACCUUAAUUUAUGCCUGUCACCCAGCCGGAGUGGGCCCUGUACACAGGGCUGGGCAGAGAGAAAUAUUUACAAAAUAAAGUUUGGAUCUGUGUUCUUCUA